GGGACCAACUGCAGCAGCUGAUGGAUGUUGUCAAGUGCGAGAUCAUCUCUAAAACAUCGUCGGACGACAUGGACGCCUACGUGCUCAGCGAGUCAAGCAUGUUCGUGUCGCCGCGUCGCUUCAUCCUGAAGACUUGCGGUACGACCACACCUCUCGCCUGCCUCCCUCUCCUCGUGUCCUUUGCCUUCCAGUCCUCGGGACACGACGCCGUGCAGGACCUGUACUACUCACGCAAGAACUUCAAGCGGCCAGAACUUCAAGUGUCUCCUCAUCGCAGCUUCAAGGAGGAGGCCGCCAUCUUAGACGCUCUCUUCUCCAACGGGCGAGCAUACUGCAUGGGCAGCCUGAACAGAGCAGACUGCUGGUACCUGUACACAGCCUCCCUCUCUGACGGCACCGCCGCUCCCCUCGCCCUUCGUAACGACCGCGCCAAGAAACACAUGGAGUCUGACCAGACACUCGAGGUCCUCAUGACGGAUCUGGAUAAGGAUAAAAUGGCACACUUCUUCCAAGUGAACUGUGGCUCUGCUGCUGAGGCUACCAGGCGGUCUGGCAUCGACAAGCUGGUCCCUGGGGUCGUGAUCGACGACUACCUCUUCGAGCCCUGCGGCUACUCCAUGAACGGCGUCAUGCGCUCUGUGCCUGGAGGAUAUAUGACCAUCCACAUCACGCCUGAGCCGGCGUUCUCGUACGUAUCCUUCGAGACAAACAUCCCACAGAAGUCCUACAAGGACCUCAUCCUGCGCGUGAUCAAGACCUUCGGCCCCAAGCAGUUCGUCGUCACCUUCUUCAGCAAUAGUGAGACUGGCACCCGCCUGGGAGAAGAGGAUAAGUGCCAAGUUCCCCUGUGCCACAACUACGAUGUGUCAGAUGUACAAGUGUGUCAGCUGCCAGGCUACGACCUAACCUACGCGCUCUACAACAGGACUCCCAGUUAGGGACUCGUUCCCGCGGCAGACCCGACCCUCUCUCUCGCCAUCAUUUUGCUGCUCUGCCCAAUGCCAUUAUCGUGUUUAGUCGCUAAAUUCAUCUUCAAGGGUCGCGGUUUUUGCCUGAAAGGAACUCGAAUUCUUGUGAAACUUCCGCCUACAAUGGAAGAUUCUCAAGAAAUUGAGGAAAUUCCUGCAGAUAGUGAUUGCGUAGAAAUUAGUUUUUGUUUGAGAAAAUUUCGUCUUCCUUCUGCUCAUCUUUUGGAUUGUAUAUCUCAGUACGAGCUGAGCCAAACUAUCGCGUGCGAGUCUCUCGACAUUCUUUCUCCGACACCUGCUGAUCAGCAAGACUUCCAGUUGAUCUCCAUCUCCAAAAAAUCACUGGGUCUCGCAGACUUCAUUGAACCAUUGGUUCUAUCAAACUUCAUUGAACAACUGGGUCUCUCAAACUUUAAUGAAUCUGUUUGUCUCAUGAGUUCCAAUAAAUGUCUGGCUCUUUCGGCUGCCAGCGAGUCUCAGGAGGCUGAUGGCUCAAAUUUGAACGAAUCUCUUAUUCAAACAGAACCUUCAGCUCCAACUUAUAGUGACCCAAAAACAACGUCGACGGACUCCACGCGAUGUUCGGUGCUCAAGCAAGCCUCAACGAGGCCUAAACAGAGUUAUCUCCUCGAGAUGCUCAUGAAAGAGAGAGUGGAGAGGAAGACUAGGAAGAAAUUUAGUCGCAGAAAACGUGUAAUUGUAAAGAAGAAGCAAAAGAAACCGCGCGGUAAACUCAGACGGAAGAAGCGUCACUUUUUCCAUGAGCUAUCUAACGAAGAAAUGCUAGACGUUUCUGAUGCCUUCAAGGCUCAAAGCAUCACCAAAAACUUGAAUGUCGAAGUUGAAAAUUUGAUCGUUCCCUUAGCAGAGCAGCAAGAUGAUGGAGCAGAAGUGGGUGAGGAACUCGGAGAGUGUGUGUCGAGUCUGCCGCUGCCUACACAAAUUAAUCGCGUGUGUGUAGGCCAUGUCGAAGAUCUAAGCAAUGAUUCUUUGUGCGUUGAUGUGUCUUGUCCCAAAAAUGCAACUCCGUGUUUUGAGAAUCGUCCUCGUAGAGUUUUGGGCGUUCUUAGGAAAGCAGAACACAAAGCAAUAAGUUUUUCGGAGCUUCUCGCGAUGAGCUUCUUGCUCAUUCUAGGCUUGUCUUUUUGUGACUUGAGCUUGACAGCUUGUUUCAGUAUGGUUACCUCCCUGGCUUCAACCUGUGUUUAUAUUACGGACUUUUCUCGGAACAUUUCUUUAAAGAAUAAGCGUAAACAACGCAGGAGCUUGAGUGUGUUCUUCUCAACUUUUGAAAAUGACUUUACUCCUCGCUUCUAUAAGGAGUGUCUUUUCAUGACAGAUGUUGAAGACUCGAGGCUGCCUGCAUUCAUUCGCCCAUCUCGCCCCUUCUGGAAGAAUAUUUCCUUCCGUUGGUGGUUGGAUGCAAUUAGCUGAUAAGGCUUAGUGUUACUUGCGCUGACAAUUUUAUACCAUAACUGGCAUGGUCAUGUCUCGUAUACGAGACUUGACUUAACUCAAAGUCGUGACGACUAGCGACUCAAGUCGUCUUAGGAGAUGCAAGUCUCCUGCUGCCAGCUACACGUCAUCGGGCAGAGAAAACCAAGGCGACUGCCAACGGCUGCUGUGACCUAGCGCCCAUGCAACAAAACCUGCGAGUAUUUCGGGCUUCUUUGCUCGCGUUGCUGAUCCGUCAAAACGACUUCAAUCGGCGCCAUUUGAAGUUAUGAGUUUUCUCAAGUGUAACUUGUUGAAAAGAAUUCGUUUUUAGUAUCCUUAUAAUUUCUGCUAAAUUACAAUUAUGUUGGUAUAUUGUCAUUGUGUUUUUAAUAUUUGUAAUCUGCUCUACUUCUGGUAUUUUUUAGGUAUAGACUAUAAGCAAAAAACUCCAAUUGCUUUGAUUUCUUCUAAAUGUUUGAAUCGUUUCGACUUUUAAAUAACAAGUUUCAAUUA